AUGGCUAGCACGAGCAAUGCAGCUGGGAGCUCGAACAACCCACGAUCAUUUGGAAGCAUCAUGAGGAGAAUGAACAGAAACAGAGAAGCUCGUUUGCCAGAAUGGUGUGUCUGCGGGUCGAGACCGGUGCUGCGGUGGUCAGGGACGGAUUCUAAUCCAGGGAGACCGUUCCUGGGUUGCCCAAACUACAAUACAAUGGGUAAGAAAUGGUGUGGAUUAUUUUUGUGGGUUGAUAAAGUUUUGGAAGAUGCCAUGCCAUAUGAUGAUAGAACAAGACAUUCAGUUGAUGAUGAGGAAUGGAAGAUGAAGAUGGCUUGGAAAUUUGGUAAAUUAGAAGCUGAAAUUAGGGUUCUAAAAUGGGGGGAAUUUUGAUGUUUGUGUU